AUGAGAUUAACCUUCGAUUUAGUGGGUAAAAGUAAUCGUUCGACGCCUCUGCGUGCACCGUAUUUAUUUUCUUUGUUGCUACGAUUUAAACACGGAUUAAAGGAUUUUCGGGAGAAUCGCCUUAUCAGGACAAACAAAGAAGUGUUUUCUAUUUAAGAGGAUCACCACACACCGACAGACCCAUUUUGGGUGCUCACAAUGAGGGUCGUAAUUUGUUGCGCGCUGCUCUUUGUGUGUCUGGCAGUUAUCCCUUCGGUUAACUGUGACAGAAAAUAUAAAGUUUCCCAGUUCGAUGAACGUGAUAAACGGGAAACAAGAGAACGCUACUCGAAACGAGAUGAAGGUGACCAAAGAUAUAGAAGGAACAAAUACCGAGGGAGUGACAGCGAUGAAGACUACAGCGAGAGUAGAUCAGAUAGACUGAGAAGACUUAAACGAGAGGAAGCUGAUGAGGAAGCUCCCCAAAGAACCCGAACCUACAAAAAGUACAACGCGAAUGAGAACGAAGAAAGGGUGAGGAAAGUGCGCGUAAGGUUACAAGAUAGCGACGAAGAUUACACGGAUGAAACAGACGAGAAUGAUCUUAGUGAUAGCUGUGUUAAUAGAAGAGGACGAAGAUGCGAGUCCGACGAUCUUACAGACGAAACCAAUGAAGAUUACACAGAUGAAGACGACAGUGACUUUGUAAAGAAAAAAAAGGUCAUCUAUGUAAAGAAGUUUGCGCAUGAGAAGAGGAAACGCAAGCAAGAUAAAGAAACAGGCAACAUUUUGAAGAUACACAGGAGAGCUGGAUUGGGCAGGAGCGUCGACGACGACGACUCUAGCGAAGAAGUCGUUAUUCCCAAACGUCGCCGUUUUCUCUUCGAUGACGAUGAAUGAACAUGUCUGAUUCCUUCUUCAAAAAUGUGUCCCAAAUUCCGAAUCUCCCGUGGAUGGAGUCUAGGAAGACUAAUCCAAUUGUUGCUCAAUUUAGCUAUAAGAAACCUGUUUGCCUACUUUAGAGGCUUAGCCACCUAAUUCCAUUGUUAAAAAUCCACCAUGUAUUACACCUUUUGUUACAAUAAACAUCAUUUCUUCGGUUUAGCCUUUGA